AAAAUUUUUUUGCUGCAAAACAAUAAGAAGAAGAGCAAAAGGAAGAGGUAGAAGAAGAAAAGGAGAUGGGUGUAGAUUAUUACAAGGUUCUGCAAGUUGACAAGAAUGCAAAAGAUGAUGAUUUGAAGAAGGCGUAUAGGAAGCUGGCCAUGAAGUGGCAUCCUGAUAAGAACCCAAAUAAUAAAAAAGAAGCUGAGGCCAAGUUCAAGCAAAUCUCUGAAGCCUAUGAGGUUCUGAGCGAUCCACAGAAGAGAGCGAUCUAUGAUCAGUAUGGUGAAGAGGGGCUAAAGGGCCAAGUACCACCUCCAGAUGCUGGUGGAGCGACAUUUUUCCAAACUGGAGAUGGUCCAAAUGUGUUUAGAUUCCACCCCAGAAAUGCUAAUGACAUUUUUGCUGAGUUUUUUGGGUUUUCUAGCCCCUUUGGGGGAAUGGGACGCGGUGGUGCUGGCAGUGGGAUGAGAGGUGGUUCAAGGACAUUUGGUGACAUGUUUGGUGAUGAUAUAUUAUUCAGUUCCUUUGGCGAAGGAAGACCAAUGAAUCAGGCUCCUCGUAAAGCUCCUCCUAUUGAAAAAACGCUGCCUUGUAGCCUUGAGGAGUUAUAUAAAGGAACCACAAAGAAGAUGAAGAUUUCAAGAGAAAUUGCGGAUGCUAGCGGGAAGACAUUGCCAGUGGAUGAAAUCCUGACCAUUGAUAUCAAGCCUGGUUGGAAAAAGGGAACAAAGAUUACCUUCCCUGAGAAAGGAAAUGAACAACCGAAUGUAGUCCCUGCAGAUCUUGUUUUCAUUAUUGAUGAGAAACCACACAGCACAUUUACACGGGAGGGCAAUGACCUCGUUGUCUCGCAAAAGAUAUCACUGGCCGAAGCAUUAACAGGCUACACUGUCCAUCUUACAACAUUGGAUGGAAGGAGCUUGACUAUCCCCGUCACCAAUGUGAUUCAUCCAAACUAUGAGGAGGUUGUCCCAAGGGAAGGCAUGCCAAUUCCAAAGGACCCCUCGAAGAGAGGUAACCUGAGAAUCAAAUUCAAUAUUAAAUUCCCAAUGAGGUUAACUGCAGAGCAGAAGUCUGGAAUCAAGAAGUUAUUGGCACCAUAAAGUGGAACACCGAUCAUCAUUAGGAAAAAUAUAAGCUUAAACUUGUGAGUAUCUUCUGCUCUUUCCCUUCCUGGUCAAGGCUACGUAAUUUGUAAUGUUUUAGUUUAUGCUUUAAAGUAAUGCAUUUGAUAUCUAGAAGAAUAAAUGUAUAAUCUAUUUAGCACUGCAGAGAAAGCAAAGUUGUGAUGUAGAACAAUUUUGACCAUCAUGGUCUAUUUGCUAUGGAUGAAACUGUUGUGAUUCCUCCAAAAA